CAAACCUGCACAUGCGCACUCUGCUCUCUACCGGAACGGUAGGUACUGUGGAAGCAGCCCUAAUGGCGGAGAACGUACGGUCGCCUUUUGACUACCGGGAGCCCCCGACCCUCGACAGCGACGGAGAUGGCAGCAAGCCGCCGCCGCCUCGGGGGCGGGUAUGUGGCAGGAAGAGGAAGGGUACCCCGGUGAAAGUGUGUGACCGAGCGUACGUCACGGAGGACGAAGAGGAAAGCAUGUCGGAACACAGUUACAGCCCAGGUGAUGGACAGUAUCCAGAAGGGGCAGAAGAUCGGUUGCCCCCACCUGGAAGCCCAUACUACCUCGCUGACCCCUCACAGUUAUGUGUGCCGGAACUCGGAGAGGAGGGGGCUAGCGGGGUGAGGGGGCCAGUGCUCUUCCACCCCCCACCCAACUGCAGAAUCAGAGAGGUGCAUUGUGGGAGCCAAGUGCGACUGGUUGUCAUAGCAAUUCGAGACAUAGCCAAAGGCGAGGAGAUCACAGUUGACUACAGUUUAACCGACUGGGGAGACAACACAAUGAGUUUCCAUAGUUCGGUGUCUCCAAGAGGAUUUGAAUGCAGCUUCAACCCUGAAAACAAUAUCAAGAAGGAGGAAGAGUCUGGUCCACUACCACUCUCUCUGACUGUCUCAGACUACCUCACCCCGUCGUGGUCGCUCUCGCCCUCCUCUUCCCCGCUGUCUCACUCUGAGGCCAGUGACUCAGACCGUGAGGACGAAGAGGAGGAGGAAGAGGAGGACGAAGAUGAAGACGAGGAAGAAGAGGAAGACCUAGAGGAGUUGCGGGGCCGCAUGAUGCGCCGGCGCAAGAAGCGCAAGACCUCUGCUUCCACUGCGACCACUGCUGCCGCACCCGCCGCCACUGCGUCGUCCUCGUCGUCCUCGGCGACCAAAAAGAAGGCGUCUGCCGGCCGGCCGCCUGCAGCUCACCGUGGCCCCUCCCUCUCCUUCUCUCGGUCCGCGUCCAGCUCUGCGUCACCCUCCACGGCCACCACGGCCUUCCAGGCCCCCCUGGCGCCACCGCCCACCACCAACAUCAACAACAACAUAAACAUUAACAUUGGGCACCGUGGCAGCCUCGCUAGUGCCCCCCGCAGGCAGCAUUGCGCCUACUGCGGCCGCCACUUCCGCUCGCUGGCGCGGCACCUGGAGAAGUACCACGCCCAGCAGCCCGAGGUGCGUGCCGCCAUGGAGCUGGCUCACAUGCGUGCCCACAGCGCGGCUGCUGCCGCCGGCGGACCGCACGCUUCCUCCUCCUCCACUUCCUCCGCCGCCCAGUCCUCUGCUUCCGCCACUCACUCCACUUUCUCCUCCCCGCAGCCCUCGUCCUCCUCGGCCGCCACUGCCCCGACCUCCUUGUUCUCCCGGGAGAACGCUCAAGGUCCUGGGGCAGUGUCAUUCUCCCUGUCGCUGUCCCAGCCCUCCAGGAAGACCCCGACGGCGGCACUGUCCCAGAGCCGCAAGAACACGGCCACCAUGUCAGCACUCAACACGCAGCCCGGCAAGAGCCCACCUGUACCUGCCGCCACCGCUGCUGCAGCUACACGGCCUCCAGCCAAGAGAGGGCGCCGGCCAAAGAAGGAAAAGGAGGAGCAGCUGAAGCAGGAGGAGCUGGAGCGGGCCAAAGAGGAAGCGCCACCCACGCCUGGCCGGGAGGAGGAAGAGGAGGAGGAGGAUGAGGAAGAGGUCGAGGAGGAGGAGGAAGAUGAAGAGGAAGAGGAGGGAGAGGCCGAACUCAGCGAUGGGCAGGAAGAUGAGGGCAUGGAGGAGAAGAAUGGAGAGAUGGCAAGGCCUCACCGGACCCACAUGCCCCCCCUGCUGUCGUCCCUGUCAUGCCUGGUGCUGUACCUGCGUCGGCAGCAGCACUCGGCCUUCCUGUCUCUGUCGCGCUCUCCCGGCUCUGCCGAGGCCUGGCGCCUGCUGUGCCACUCCAGCCUGGCGCUGCUCAUCCUCUACAACCGCCACCGCGAGUGUGAGGUGGCCAAGCUCACCAUUCAGGAGUACCGCAACCGCUUCACGCCGCCGCCACCCCCCAUGGCCUCCUCGUCCGCCGCAAGCUCGGCCUCGGGCGCCACCACCAACGGCGCCGCCAGCAGCAACGGCACCGGCAGCACGUCCUCCGGGUCCGGCCCAGCGGCGGCCCACCCACUGGAGGUGGCGCUGUCGCCGUUUGAGCGGCACGUGCUGUGCCACCUGCCACGGGCGGGCGUGGUGGGCAAGCGGGGCCGCAUGCAGCCGCUCAUCCUGCCGCCGCACUCCGAGGCCUGUCUGGAGCUGCUGCUCAGCACCUGCGCACAGGUGGGCGUCGACCCGCAGAGCCCCUACGUGUUCUCGCGCCCGUACCACUCGCCAGCCACGCCACUGCGUGGCACCGAUCUGCUGCGGGGGCUUGCCCGCUCCAGCGGUGCCAAGAACCCGGCCGCCCUGACCGCGCCACGCGCACGCCGACAGGUGGCGAUCCUGACCCAGCUGCUGUUGCUGGAGGAAGGCGAGAGGAAGCGGCUGGAGGACUUCCUGCAGCGUGAGUACCAUGUGACUCAGAGCUGCGCUCGGAUUGGCCAGGACCCGGGGUUGAUGGGCCGCGUGGGUCGCGUGGUGCUGUACGGGGAGAGAGACGGAGUCCUCUUCAGGGGGAUGAGUCUCCAACAGAUCUGCCUGGAACUCGAUGUGAUGUCUGGGAAUUCUGCCGACUCUUUCUCGGACGACUCGGAUGUGGAGGCGGAGAAGGGCAAAGAUCGGGUGGAGGUGGGGAAGAAGGGAGCAGCGGGGAAUGGCGGCGCCAAGAAGAAGGGGGGCAAGGCGCACCCUUCCGCUGUGGUCACGCCCGCGGGGCACAAGAGGAGGGGCGCUCAGCCCAAAUCAGGCAAGCGCGGCGUGCUAAAGCGGCCGUGGUCAGAAGCGGAACGCGUGGCCGUGGAGACGCACCUGAAGCGCAACAUCAUGGAGCUGCGGGUGCCGGCGAAGGCGGACUGCGAGCGCUGCCUGCAGCUCUGCCCCUUGCUGGUGACCAACCAGCGCGACUGGCGCGCCAUCAAGUUCUACUGCCACAACCGCAUCCAGCUUCUCAAAAAGCAGGGCCGCCGCGAGGCCAAUGGAGCCGCCAUCUGCUAGCGUGCUGUGACCAGGGCUCUCGCACACACACACACACACACACACACACACACACACACACACACACACACACACACACACACACACACACACACCCAUUGUGUAUGUGUGUCCAUUCUUACACAUUCACAUGUGAUGUUACAUGCAUAAAUACAACACACAGAUCCGCACACACACACAGUACCAUACUGCAUUCAUGCAAACAUGUUGUACACAUACUCGGUUACAAAGAAGAUAUAAAUAAUAUAUAGAUGUACAUUCGUUCUCUUACACAAACACACAUACAAAUCCAAACAAGCAUGUAUGUAUGCAUGUUUGUGUACCCACCUACACGCACACAUACAUACAUACAUACAUACAUACAUACAUGUAUACAUACUCAAAGACUAUGGCCCUUGCUCCGUUACCUGUCUUCUAGUGUUUUCCACAUGGAUAUAUUGAUAUUGGGCAUGCCCUAGUGUCACAGGAGGGAACCGCAUAGUCAGGCAUAUUUAAUGUCUACACACUCACACACACUGUACACACCCAUAUACACACACUGUACACACCCAUAUAUGUAUAUAUAUAUAUAUAUAUACCAAGUCAUAUCCACACAGAGACUUCUGACACACCAACACACACUCCCACUCACGGAGUGUGAGGGUCCAUGAACUUGCGUGUACAGAGACAUUCCUCUAAGUGUGAACAGACUUUCUAGGAGAAGAGAUUUGGGAGAUCACACAGGUUCCCAUUGGCGGGUGGACUCUUGAUAAGUCCCAUGUUCGCUCACCCUCAAAGCAUGGGGACACUACUGGGACAUGUUGGAUGUCGACGAAAACAAUAGGGAUGGAUGACCAGAUAUUGUUUUUUUGUUUUUUUUUGCUGUUUUUUUUUUUUUUAUAAUUAUUAUUGAUGUUAUUGAUAUCCUUUUUUUUUUUUUAAAAAAAGAAACUGAAAACAAGUUCUUUCUUUAUGAACAGCAUUGUCUGUCCUGUGACGUAGUGCCUGUAGGAGUGUGCGCUAAACUGAAUCGUUCCCCAGCGAGUUUGUGGACUGUAUCUAGCAGUAUUUAAAAAAUGUUUUGGGAUCGUUCCUGUAAACGAGGCCCCUCGGCUCUUUCACCCGUUCCUUCUGGGCCUCUGCCUGUCCGUACACUAUGGUCUGUUAGAAAGAGGCAAGGCACGCAUACUUGAAUUCAUUUCAUGCAUCUAUCCUACUUUUUUCUGGUUAUGACGCUGCAGCAUCAGACAGUCUUGUUUAGUCAUAGUGUACAUUUAAUAUCUUACUGGCAGAUAAAAAGUUAGACAUAGUAGUCGUACAGGUGUCUCUGUUGUGCUAUGUUGUACAUACUGUAAAUAUGGACUUAUAAAAAGUACUACGUUUUGAAGACUUUGUUUAAUUAUAUGGCAUCACACAGUUCUAUCUGGUUUUACACAGUGCUGUUGAAAGACACAUUUGAGACAUUAUCAUUCUGAUUUUAUUUGUCUUUUCUGGUUAUGGACAAUACAAAUCCACGAUUAUGAA